AUGGCUUCCACGCAAAAUCCGUUCGAUGAUCCCCCACCAUAUUCCGACACAAGUUCCCGGGUCAGCGAUCUCGACGACUUCGAAGAAAAUCAUAAUCAAAUCACUGAAGUGAGAGAUGCAACGGAGCCGGCUCAGGCGACGCAAGCUACAACGGAGACAAUCAAGAUGGCUUCCACGCAAGAUCCGUUCGAUCAUCUCCCGCCAUGUUCCAAUGCAAGUUCCUGGGUUAGCGAUCUCGACGACUUCGAAGAAACCGACAAUCAAAUUACUAAAGUGAGAGAUGCACCGGAGCCGGCUCAGGCGACACGGGCUAUUACGGAGCUGAAGCAAGGACCUGAAACCGAGAAGUUGAGAGAAUUUCUCCUUUUCGUCAUAUUCAGAGACUAUGUCGGACUAUGGUGCCAAAGCGGAUGUUACACGCUACGUGACUCAACUCGAGAUCACUUUUUGAGGAUCGCAGAAACAAUGGAACGCGCCAGCUAUCUCAUCAAAGCGACGAGCAUUCCUGGACAACCCGCGAGAGUUACAGGGGCCUCGCACGACGGCGGUAGAGAGGGCUAUCUCUGGCGAAACAUCUACGAACCGUGCCGUUUCCUUGGUCUCCCUCAGGAUGCAAUCGCGGCUACCAUCAUGCGCUUCUAUCACUACCGAAGAUCAUUCUGCCCUCGGUAUAGUGGUUGCAUUCCUCAAGUCGUCUCUAAGGAGGGCAUGCGAAGCCUAGCACGGAAAAUUGCAAUUGAUCGUGAGGUCAUCAUGAAGUGUCUGUUCGGGUAUGAAUAUGGUCUCCGGCAAAGCGCCAUCAAGUCUGGGCUGCGACAAGUCGAGAAGCGGUACUUCAUUCUAUUGAAAGCCAAGAACGCGCAAGACUUACCGUUCACCUGGUGGUAUUGGAGCAAGAACGGAGGCAGAUCGUUCGAGCAAAGCUUUAGAAUCAUCUAUCAGCUGAGCGCUCGCGGUGUUGAAGCUGAGAACAGGCGUCUACAGAAGGCAGUGGUCUUAUCCUCGAAGUCCCGCUGUGGAUGA